CGAAUCUCAGACGGAUUGGACGUGUUACAAUAUUUCACCACGAGGGAAUGGGUGUUUUAUAAUGAUGGACUAAUUAAAUUAUACCAAGAGCUAUCGACGAAAGACAAGAAUGUGUUUAGAUUUAUAAUGUAUGAUAUCGAUAUAGACGAGUAUCUUAAAAAUAUUCUCCUUGGCGCACGACAGUAUUGUAUGAAAGAGGAUUUGUCU